AUGUUGAAGAGUCUUGGGUUUGCUGUUAAUGCAGCAGCAGCAGCAGCAGCAGCAACAUCACCAACUGCUGCUGCUGCUGCUGUUGCUGCUGAUGUUAAUGCAUUAGCUGUCUCUAUAUUAAGACAAAACUGCAAAACAACAGUAGAGAAAGCAAAUCUGGAUCGUGGCCGGGUGGAGCUAGAGGAGUUGAAGACAACAACAGCAGCAGCAAACCGCAAGAGCAGAGAAGACAUGCAGCAGCAACUUGCUGCUAUACAAGAAGCAGCAGCACAACUAGGGGUCACGUUGCCGCAAGAAGCUCUUGCUGCUGCUGUUGCUGCUGCUGGUGGCGAAGCCAGCAACAGCAGCAGCAGCAGCAGCAGCAGCAUGAAGACAGACAACAAUGCGGAAGCAACGAAAGAAGGAACACCUGUUGCUGCUGCAGGAGAAGUAUCUCCGAGGGCAACAGCAGCAGCAGGAGCAGCAGCAGCAGCAGCAGCAGCAGCAGCAGCAGCAGGAGCAGCAGCAAAAACAGAAUCCCCUUCAGCAGGAGGAGAAGGAGAAUCAGCAGCAGCAUCAGCAGCAUCAACAACUGAAUCCGCAGAGGACCCACCAUCAGCAGCAUCAACAGCAGCAUCAACAACAACAACAACAGCAGCAGCAGCAACAGCAGCAGCAGCAGCAGCAGCAGCAGCAAAUUCUUUACAACCUUUUGAUGCAUUUGGGUCCCUUUUCUUAGAGACAAGACGUCUCCUUUAUUGUCUAUCUAUUGAUUUGCUGCAGCAGCAAGCAUUAAGGCAGCUAGAGAUGGCAGCAGCAGUGUCUGCUGCUGCUGCUGCUAUUCGUAAGAGCAGCAGCAGCAACAGCAGCAGCAGCAGCAGCAGCAGCAGCAGCAAGCUGCACUCUAGGGACUCCUUGCUGCACUUUGUCCUGUAUGCUGCUCUAUCACAAAGCGGCAUGAUUGUCUCCUCAGGUGUACAUGGAGAAGCAGCAGCAGCAGCAGCAGCAGUUGCUGCUGCUACCUCACCUGCUGCUAUUGCUGCUGCUGCUGCUGCACCAAAAGCUGCUGCUGCUACUGCUGCUGGAGGAACCGUAGAUGCAGCAGAAGACUCCGCUAUGAAGCUAGCUAGCGAAUUAGGGGAAUCUGCUGUCACCGUUGCUGCUGCUGCUGCUGCUGCUGGUUCUGCAGCAACAGAAGGUGCAGGGGCAUUUGUUCCUCUUUCUACUGCAGCAGCAGCAGCAGCAGCGGCAGCAGCAGGAGGACCUGCUCGUGUUGUGCUGCUGCAGCUGUCUAUCCUAAGAGACUUUGAUGUUGCAUGCGGCGGCCUACGCCCUGCUGUUUAUCAGCUUCAGUCUCCUGCUGCUGCUGCAGGAGCAACAGGAACAAAAACAGCAGCAGCUGCUGCAGCAGCAACAGACGCAGCAGCAGGUGAUGGACCUAGCAGCACUACAGAGGCAGAUAUGUCAUUAGACUCAUCUUCUGCUGCAUCAUCAUCACCAGCAGCAACAUCACCAGCAGCAGCAGCAGCAGCAGCAGACUCCGAAACCUUGCCGGAGCAACAAGAUCAGCAGCAGCAGCUGCUGCAGCAGCUGCAGCAGCAGCAGCAGCAGCAAUGCGAAGGAGCAACACUACGCUUCUCCUUAGAUGUUGUUACGUUUGAAGAAUUAAUUGUUAAUCUAUGGCCGCUGCAUUCCUUAAUGGAGCAGCUGCAGCAGCAGCAGCAACUGCAGCAGCAGCUGCAGCAGCAGCUGCAGCAGCAGCAGCUGCAGCAGGAGCAGCAGCAGCAGCACCGAUAUUUGACAGCAGCAGAUGUAUUUGCUCUCCGUCUGCUGCAGCAGCACAGCUGCUGGCAGCGGCUAAGGAAAUGGCGGGGCUGCUGCAUGCAGCUGCAGCAAUGGUUAGGGGAUGCAGCAGCAGCACUAGGUUUGCUGCAGUUGCUUACUCUUGCUUUUUAUCUAGCUCCUCCUGGUUCUCCUGCAGCAGCAGCAGCAGCAGCAGCUACUGCAGCUACUGCAGCAACAACUGCACCACCACCUGCUGCUGCUGCUCUUGCUGCAGCAGCAACACCCGAUAGUAUGGAAAUCCUCGUCAAUGGUCAGCAGGUGUUGCUUCCUGCUGCUGCUCCCCACAGCAGCAGCAACACCCAACUGCAGCAGCAGCAGCAGCAGCAGCAGCAGCAGCAGCAGUAUGAUGGAGGCGUAUGCCUAAGAUUAAUAUACUAUGGCUUAUGCUGCGACCUAAGAGUGUCUAUGGUUAGCGGCGCGCUGCUGCUGCAGUGUCUAUGGCUGCCCCCGCUGCUGCAGCAGCUAGUGCAGCAAGCAGCAGCAGCACAUGCUGCUGAUCUGCUGCUUCUGCUGCCGCUGCUGCGACGACUCGCCUUCUGUGUCUGCUUCGCAGAAGAAGCAGCAGCAGCAGGAGCCACCGUGCUGCCAGCAGCAGAUGUAGGAGCAGCAGAGUGGUCUGCGUAUCCAGAAGAAGCAGCAGCAGCAACAGCAGCAGCAGGUAGUACUCCUGCUGCUUCUGCUGCUGCUGCUGUUGUUCAUCCUAAGACUGUCUUAGCUACGGAGGCAAUAGAGGCGCUGCAGCAGCUGCUGCACUGCGGGGAUCGUAGUGGUGCUGCUGCUGCUGCUGCUGCUGCUGCUGCUUCUAUUGCAACAGCUUCUCAGCAGCAGCAAUCGCGACCUGCUGCUGCUGCUGACAGCAGCACUGCAACUAUUUUCAUGCGCUUAACGUUGCAGCAGCAGCAGCAGCAACUGCAGCAGCAGCAACCGCAUCAGCAGCAGCAGCAAGCUGUUGUUGCUGCAGUUAUUGACAGCGAACGUCGCGUUGCAGCUUCUUACUUACUUGUUGCUGCAGGGACACAGGAUGCAGCAGCAGCAGCAAUAGCUGCUGCAGUAGCUCUCGGUCUUCCUGCUGCUGCUGCUGGUGUAGGCAGAAGCAGCAGCCAGCAGCAGCAGCAAAACCGCAUAUUUGCUACCAUAAGGAUAGCGCAUCCUCCUCUUAAACUGCUGCAGCAGCGGCAGCAGCAGUGGCAGCAGCAGCAGCAGCAGCAGCAGCAGCAGAUGCUAGUAGACGAGGACGGAUGCAUCAGUGUAACGGUGAAGCAAUAUGUUGCUGCACUGCAGCAGCAGCUGCAGCAGCAGCAGCAGCUAUUCGUUCUGCUGCAGCAGCUGGCGCAGCAGCUGCCUUCCUCUGUUAGCUGCUACUUACGACCCUUCCGAUCAACGGAGGAUGCUGUUGCUGCUGCUGCUGCUGCAGCAGAAGCUGCUGCUGCUGCUGCUGGAGACGAGGAGGUAGCAACAGCAGAGUUCUCCCUUACAGAAGCACUGCAGCAGCAAACAGGAAAAUGUGGCUAUGAGAAGACGGAGCACGCAGCUGCGGUGCAGCAACAGCAGCAGCUGCAGCAUGGGCUGCUGCUGCAGUGGUGCUUGCAGCAGCAGCCAGCGGUGUUGCUGAGGAGCGGCACAGGCGAAUCGGGAGAGGGAGCAGCAGCAACUGCAGCAGCUGCAGCAGCUGCAGCAGCAGCUGCAGCACAACAUGAGGAGACAGCUCAGCAGCAGCAGCAGCAGCCCUGGUUGGUGUACAUACACCGUAAGAAACCUUUAGUUUCCUUCAUCUCUUGUGCUGCAGCUGCUGGUGACUCCCGUUGCUUCUCGUUGCUGCUGCAGCAGCAGGAAGCAGCCACCUGCACACCAUGGCCUCGGGCCCUCCAGCAGCAGCAGCAGCAGCAGCAGCUUUUGCUGCUGCCCACUGGGAGAAAAGAUGUAUCCGUCUCCUGCGUGCUGCAGCAAAUGGUCAAGCAGCAGAAGGGGCUGCUACUCAAGCAGCAGCAGCAGCAGCAGCAGCAGUCGCUGUGGUAUACGUGUAGCAGCAGUGCUGCUACAGCACCGCUGGUCUUAGGCAAUGCUUCUGCUGCUGCUGCUGCUGCUGCACCACAGCAGCAGCAACAGCAGGAGGACGCUGUUGUGGCAGCAGCAGCAACAGCACAGGAGCUUGCUGUCUUCCGUUUGCUGCAGCAGGAAGCAGAGGUGCUGCAGCAAAAGUGGGGAGAGUUGCUGCUGCUGCAGCACUGCCGUCCCUUCUCGUUGCAGCUGCGGCUGCUGCUGUUGCAUGGCCGUGCGCUGAUGCAUACAGCAGCAGCAGAAGCAGCAGAAGAAGACUCCGGUGUUGCUGCUGCUGCUGCUGCUGCAUGGGAAGCGGAGACACAGCAGGAGACAGUAAACCUAAGAUUAACCGUAUGCAGGCAGCAGCUGCAGCAGCAGCAGCAGCAGCAGACUCAGACUGCCGUUGAAAUUAGCAGCAGCAAUAUGUUGCUACAGCAGCUCCUGCAGCAGCUGCUGCAGCAGCUCCUAGGCACUGCAGCAGCAGCAGAACAGAUUCAUAGCAGCGGGAGGCCGCUGCAGCAGCUGUUGCGGCUGCUGCUGUGUGGGGCGGAGUUCUUGUGCUGCUGCUAUAGGCUUCCUGCUGCGCUGCUCUGCUACAAGUCCAUUCCCCCGCAGCAGCAACAGCAGCAGCAGCUGCAGCAGCAGCAAGUUGUGCUGCAGCAGUGGUGCCAAGCAGCAGAAGCAGCAAGAGGCGGAGGUGUCUCCUUGCUGCCUCUCUACUUAGAGGUGUCAUCCAGUGGCCGUGCAGCAGCAGCAGCUGCUGCUGCAGCAGCUGCGGCAGCAGCAGCAGCUGCAGCGGAGGGAGGAACAGGUGAUGGUGCUGCUGCGUAUGCUGCAGGAGUUACAGGCAGUGUUUCUUCUGCUGCUGAUUGUGCUGCAGCAGAUCUGCUGCUUCCUGUGCUGCUGCUGCACAUUGAUGGUUUACCCCCGCUGCUGCUGCGGCAGCACUUUCGCUGCCGCUCUCUGGUGUCUGUACACCUCGUACUAGAGGAGACACGGGUAGUAAGGCAGCAGCAGCAACAGCAGCAGCAACAGCAGCAGCAGCAACAACAGCAGCAACAGCAGGGCAGAGGUGCACCUACAGGAAAGCAGCAGGCAACGCAGACGAUUACCUACUUCUCGCCUCGAAAGCCUAGCAGCAGCAACAGCAGCACCAGCAGCAGCAACAACAGCAGCAGCAACAGCAGCAGCAGCAGCAGCGAGAGCAGCGGCAUGUAUUCUGAGGAGUUUAUUGCAGGUUUAUGUCAUGUCCUGCAGCAGUUUGCUGCUGCAGCAUCUGCGGUUCUGCUGCAGCAGGAGGACACUGCUACGGAGACCCGCAGCAGCAGCAGCAGAGCAGCAGCAGCAGCAGCAACAGUACGGCACUUAAUAGGAGGACAAGGAAGGAGAUGUCUAGAUGUUACUCAUCAAUUUGCUGCCAGCAGAUUUGCUGCUACCUCCCGCUGCUUGUGCUGCACUGCAUCAGCAGCAGCAGCAACAGUCAUGGUGUGGCCAGGUUUGCUGCUGCAGCAGUUGCUGCUGCCGCUGUUGCAGGCAUGCAAGUUGUACGCAGCAUUUGCUGCUGCUGCAGCAACAGAAGGAUGCAGCAAAAUGGUGUUUGCUGCUGCAGCAAAGGACGCGCUGCUGCAGAGCAGUGGAGCCCCCAUUGCUAUCUUAGACAUAAGCCCUACAGUGGAGCAGCAGCAGCAACAGCAGCAGCAGCAACAGCAGCAACAGCAGCAACAGCAGCAGCAGCAACAGCAACAACAGCAGCAGCAGCAACAACAGCAGCAGCAGCAGCAGUGUACACAGUUUGUGUUGUCGCUCUCUCUUGCUCAAAUGCAGGAGACAUUGGUGCUGCCUGGCCCGCAGAAGCAGCAGCAGCAACAGCAAGAAGAGCAGCAGCAGCAAGAGCAGCAGCAGCAGCAGGAGGAGCAGCAGCAGCAGCAAACUAUGGAGUUCUCCCUUCAUUGGUCGGACUCCCUUACUGAGUCGAUGCUGCUGCCUAUAAGUGAUCGUUUGCCUGAUCCCCCUGCUGCAGGAGCAGCAGCAGCAGCAGCAGCUGCUGCUGCUGCUGCUAAGAGCUGCACUUCUAUUCCUAUCAAGAUGGAGGGGAACGAUGCGCUGGAUAUGCAGCAGCAGCAGCAGCAAAUGCAGCAGCUGCAGCAGCAGCAAAUGCAGCAGCAGUGUAGCUGCUGCGGUAUGCCCUGCAGCAGCAGUCCAUUGACGCUACACGGCAUCCAAUUAGGAAGCAGCAAUAGAUUCCUUAGGCGUGCUCCCUUCGUGCAGCUGCAGCUACAAACAAAUUAUGAAGGACGAGGCAUGGCGGUGCUCAAACAAUUUGUUCGCUGGCAGCAGCAGCAGCAGCAGCAGCAGCAGCAGCAGCAGGCAAUGCUGCUGCUGCUGGAGGUCCAGCAGGGAGCAGCAGCAGCAGCAGCAGCAGUAGGGGCAGCAGCAAAGACGCUCCCCAAGAAUUUGCCUGCUGGCUGCUGCAGCCAGUUACCUAAACCCUGCAGCAGCAGCAGCAGCAGCAGCAGCAACAACAACAGUGGCAGUGGGAAAGUACCAGGGGCAACACCACCAGCAGCAGCAGCAGAACCAGCAGCAGCAGCAGCAGCAGCAGCAGCAGCAGCAGCAGCAACAGAGGAGACAUAUGAGGAAGAGUUCCAGAUACGCAGGUUAAUAGCAAUUAAGAAAUUAGGACAAAGAGAUGCUGCUGCUGCUGCUGCUGCUGCUGCUGCUGCUGCUGCUGGCGAGGAAGUUCCCCCAACAGCAGCAGCAGCAGCAGCAGCAGCAGCAGUACCAGUACCAACAGGAACAGCAGCAGCAGCAGCAGCAGCAGCAGCAGCAGAUGGCCUUAUUGGGGAAGGACUAUUCUAUGCUGCUUACUAUGGAUCUAAUCUUAAGGAUUCUCUUAUACUGCAUCGUGUUGCUGCCUUGCUGCUGCACUAUUUGCUGCCUUUGCUGCAGCAGCAGCAGCAGCUGCGCAGCAAACUACAAAGAGCAGAGACAGUAGUUGCUGCUGCUGCUGCUGCUGCUGCAGCAACAGUACCAGGCAGCGGUGUCGUGCUGCAGCAGCAGCAGCAAAUGCUUCUUCAGUCACUAAGGAGAGAACCUACAGCACGCCAACCUGCUGCUGCUGCUGCUGCUGCUGCUGCUGCUGCAGCAGGAGGGACAACAGCACCAGGAGGACUCCCUACAGAUCCACAGCAGCAACAACAGCAGCAGCAAGUUGCUGACAGCAGCAGCAGCAGCAGCAGCAGCAGCACAAUUGUUGAUUUGCUGCUGCCUAAGCAGCCAUUUGUCUUUCCUCAAUUCUUACCCCCUGAACAUAAUAAUAGGAAAUAA